UCGCCAUUGACAUUAGCCGUGAUUUCUCAGGUACGAACGAUUCUCUCUGGCUCUCUGUGAUUUCCUUAUGGCAUCCGAACUCUGUACACCGAAGUACAAUUAGAUAAAUCUUCGAUUGUAGGUAGGAUUCAUAUCGAACGCUGUUUUUGGUUGCAUUUCCGAUGAAAGUGACACAGUGGACUAUGUGAACAAAACUUAGUGUCAAUAUACAAACGGCAGAGAGGUGUGUUCGAAGCGUAUACACGUACGACUGCUUUAGUACGCAUACGUAUUUGUUUGCCUACGCAUCAGCCUGUGUAUAAAGUUAGCCAGUAGAGUGUAGCAUAUCGCUGUCGAUAGUAUUGUUUCGUUUUGGGUCGGUGAGAACGACGACUUGUCGUCGUUGUAAUCAGCGCAGUAACGUCGCCGUCUGUUUUGUUUCUGGAAUUUCGAUCCGUAACCACUAUACUAGGGGCGUAUGCUUCCGCUGCUGAGCUACUAUCCGGGCCGUAAUCAUGGCAUUUAUCUUAAAUUUCGUCGCCAUCUGUACCAUCCUCUAUUUUCUGGUGCAAAUCGUUCUAUGGCUGAUACUGGAUGCGGACAUUGAACUCUUUCUACUGUCCAAAUUAGGAAGACCGAUCUCUUCAAUGAAGGGAAAGGUAGUUUGGAUUACGGGUGCAUCGAGUGGCAUUGGACGAGAUUUGGCAAUCGCUUUAGCAAGAAAUGGCGUUCGUCUGUGCUUAUCGGCUCGCAAUGUAUCCGAACUGCUAAAGGUCAAGCAAGAUUGUAUAGCGCAGUCCAAUGGCACUCUAGGGCCUAACGAUGUUUACGUCCUACAAAUGGAUAUGCUGGAUAUCAAUCAUCAUAACGAUUACUUCAACAUGGUGAUAGAUCACUUCAAAACUAUCGAUAUUCUGGUCAACAAUGCCGGACGAUCGCAGCGAGCCGAGUGGCACAAUAUCAACGUGAAAGUUGAUCGGGAGUUGUUCGAGUUGGACGUCUUUGCGGUUGUCCAUCUGUCGCGCAUUGCGCUCAACUUUUUCCUGCGUAACUCGAUCAAAGGUCAUCUGGCAGUGACAAGCAGUACAGCCGGUUUGAUUGGGGCUCCCAAUUCCGCCAGCUACACCGGAGCCAAGCAUGCGCUACACGGCUACUUCGAAACGCUCCGCAGCGAACCGCUCGAUGUAAAUAUUACGAUUUUCUGUCCUGGACCAACUGCAACCAAUUUUCUACAGGAGUGUUUUACCGAUACACCGGGAACAAAACACAACCAAGCCGUACGUCCGGAAGACAAACGUAUGACCAGCGAACGAUGUGGCUAUCUGUACGCAAUCGCCCUGGCAAACAAAACCAAACUCAGUUGGGUCGGCAAUUUUCCCAUCAAUCCUAUCCUGUACAUAGGUUGUUACUAUCCGAACAUCAAGAAACUGUUGCUGAAAAUUAUUGGCAUGCGACGCCUACGACAGGUGCGAGAUAGUCGAUAGAAAAGCCAUAGCUACAUCCGUAGCUAGCUACAAUUCCAUUGCAAAGCCAAUUACGCAUCUACAAACACAGCGUUUAUAUGCUAAUUGGUCACACAAGAAGCACAACGUUCGAAAUACAUUCUAUACAAAACAAGUUGUACGUCGUAUUGUACCAAGAAAGCACUUAUGUUUUUUUAUGUUUAGAAGAUUGUUGUUGAUAAUUGUUAGUGAAUAGUUAAUUUAUAAAUAGUGGUACGAUAUAGAACCAAUUGAUUUGCUAAGUAAAUUAUUAACGGAAUAAUUUUCUUUUCUGGUGAAAAGCCACCAUAAGAUAACUUAAAAUUGCAUUUGAACACUAUUUACACCUUUUGAAAAGUAUUUUAAAGUGAACACUACUCCGCAUAACUUCUUCAAGCAACAUAAAACCCGACAUUUUCAGUAUUGUGAAAAUCACAAUACUGCACCAGCUCUUUACUGAAUAAAGCUAUCAAUCGUCA